AGUGCAUCAUAAUACAAAGGUACCCAAUCUCUCUCUGUGUUCCUGCCCAAUUCCACUUCCAUAUUCUCGAUUUCCUCCUUCCUGACCGACACCAACAGAGACAGCAAUGGCACAUAAAAGCCAAUGUUUGGGCCUAAGUAUGGCACUCAUCAUGAUGGCAGCAACAUGGGCGACCAUGGUCAGUGCAGAAAGCUACCAGAAGUUCCUGAGGGAACAUGUUGACUACCCAACAACCCAAGUUCCCGACGACCAGCAUUACUGUGACCUCAUGAUGCAACGCCGCAAAAUGGCGACGUCCAGCUACUGCAAACACCUCAACACCUUCCUCCAUGUGGACACCGCCCAAAUCCAAGCCGUGUGUGGCCAGGCGGGGGAACCCACCACAGGUGACCUCCGAGAAAGCGACGCCAGCUUCCCCCUCACAGUAUGCCAUCUUCAAAGGGGCUCUUGGGCUCCCGACUGCAGAUACAACGGCACCUAUGGCAUCGAGAGGAUCAUUAUCACCUGUGUGGAUGGCUUCCCUGUCCACUUGCAAACCGAGGUCCCCAAUUAUUGAGGCCUCUCUGAGAAUAUGGGGCCAGGAAAAAAACAAAUCAAUUUAUCAUGCAUUCACUCUCUUUCACUUUCCUUAAUUUUUUCCCUUUGUUGUUGUUCUUAACUGCCCUCAAGUCAAUUUUGAUCCUGUGGAGGAGACAUCUCCAAGACUC